UAAAGGCAGGCCAGAGAGGCUCCUGGGAGAGGGAGGGAGAGAGUGAGUGAGAGAGAGUGAGAAAGAGAGAGGUGAAGAUAACACUGUGGGACUGUGAGGAGGACGGGAGAGCUGAGAUAGAGUCCAUUUCUCUUCUUGUCUAUCUUCUUUAUUCAGCUAGCUUUGAGUUUUCAUCCAUCAAGCUGUGUGAUAUCCAAGGACUUUUCUAAUUCUUCCUUCACUGAUUGUGUUCCUUUUGAGUUCAAGAAAAAACUUUAACAGAGGAAGGAAAAGAAGAAGAAGAAGAAGAAAAAGAAGAAAAAGAGGAGGCUGUGAAGAACAACAGCGCCAUGGCCUCCUGGUUCAACUGGAAUGAACCGUAUCAGCGGAGUCCCCGCAGAGACCCAGCGGACGUGGUCACCGACACCCUGAUGCUGGAGUUCAACUGGCAGCUGAAGGAGGCCGAGCGGCAGCAGAAGGAGCGGGAGAACGAAUACCGCCGCCUAAAGACCGGGGUGGACUACAGCUGGCUGGCCAGCACGCCUCGCUCGAACUACAGCAUCAACACUGGGGAGAAGCUCGGCCUGGAGGACCUCUGCUCCAAGGUGCCACCUCCCUGCUGUGGGCUCGUCAUACUCAAGUUCAGAGAAGUUAUGCAGGCCAAUGAGCCGGAGGUACAGGAUGUGUGCGGCCUGUUUCGAUCCGUCCUCCUGGAGUCUCUGGACAACCUGAAGGAGGAGCAGGAGGCGCAGCGGCUCGCCCGCCAGUGGAACAACAAACGUGCCAUGAGCAUGUCCCUCAUGAACUUCAGGUCCCGAAUUAAGAUCAACCCGUUCGGCAGCACAGUGGGCCUGACCACCGCCGUGUCCGAUGGAGCGGGGCUGAGCGACCUAAAAACCGUGUCAGAGGACGUGGAGAGAGGGAUGGAGCGGGAGGAGAGGGUGUGGAGCAUGCCGGACUUCAGAUACAAAGGAGCGAGCAGCAGUAAGGUCGUCUGACAUGCAGCGUCCGCUACACAGUGAUGGUGUUUGGGACGUUUCAGUGGGACAGUCGCUGACCUCCAGGACUGUCUGUUGCAGAGUGACCACCUUGCACCAGGCGAGGCAGGAUGAAUUUCAUUCUCUCCUUCCUUUUCAGUAUGAGACCAGGCAGCAUUUGAUCCAUUCACUGUUUUAACUUUGCACCAGAAAGGGCAAUGUCAGGUGUUCUUCUCAGUUUUACUGUGACAUGACUACACUUUUUGAAUAUGCUCCUACUUGUUAUGAGAUUUUAACCUCUUGCAAUGAUGCAUCUUUUAUUGUAGACACUGACAUCUAAGAAAUGAGGGCUAUUUAGCUCAGCCUUGUAGGCAUGUUUGUGUUAUUCAUAUACUUCUUAAAUCCUACAUUUUAUAGGAAUAUUUCAAAUUAAUGAUGUAAUAUUACAAGAAAAUAACUAAAUGAAUUGAAGAUUUUGUUAAAAAAUGGUUAAGGCAGUCCUGAGAUGAUUGAUAGAUGAAGGUCACUGACAUCAUUCCAGUGGGCGAAUCAUGAUGUCUCUAUACAGACUACUAAGUAUUCUUACACACAAUGAGUCAGCACAAGAAUUCAUCAUCCAAGGUCAGGCAACUGAGAGCUUUCCUUUUUCUUCAUUUGCGAGAAGGGAGUGGAAGAGAAACUUGAAGAAAUAAUCACCAAAUGUUUUUUUUUUUCUUUUGAGUGAAACAUUUCAGAAGUAAGGUCAAAUCUUUCCAGCAGUUUAUUGCUGCCUAUUUUCUGUCUGUCACAAAGAAAAAGUUCAACAGCACACAACAGGUUUACUCCACCAUCCAUACAAAAAAAACAACAACUUUCAACUGGAUAUAUACAUGGGUACUAACAUUGAUUGUAUUUUAUAUUUUCAGACUGAAAAAAAAACGUCCUGACUGAAUUUAAGGGGAAUAAAUGUUUUGAACAGCACCUUC